AUGGACGAGGUUCUCGGCGCCCUCGACCGCGGGAAUCAUCCAGGGGGUGAAGGCACCUUUUGGGUACUUGACCCUAUCGAUGGUACGAAGGGCUUCCUACGGCAAGAGCAGUUUGCUGUUUGCCUCUGCCUGAUAGAGAACGGUCGUGUCUUGGUCGCGGCUUUGGGCUGUCCUAAUCUUCCAGUUGAUGCAGCUUUGCCAGACGGCGAGAAGGGCUGUAUCUUCGUUGGAGUUGCAGAGCAAGGCGCUUCCCAGAUCAACAUAGCUACUGGCAAGGAGUUCCCUAUCUGUGUGUCCAGUAGCUCCGAUGCAUCUUCAGCCACAUAUGUGGAAUCGCUUGAAUCCUCCCACUCCAGCCACGGACGGCAUGCUGAGAUUGCAGGUGCCCUGAGAAUGGGGCCCCCGAUUCGGAUGGAUAGCCAGUGCAAGUUUGGAGUGGUCGCCAGGGGACAGGCAAGCCUCUACCUCCGCAUCUCUAAGACGCCGCAGUACAUUUGGGAUAUCGCAGCCGGCGCAAUGAUUGUGGAAGAGGCAGGUGGCCGGGUGACCGACUUAUCCGGCAAACCCUUGCAGUUCUCCCUUGGAAGGACGGUGGGCACGGCAGCUCUCUUUGCGUCUAAUGGCCGCAUACAUGACCAGGUCUUGGCAGCUUGCUCGCCUUCGGAAGACAGCAGCCUGUGCUUCGUCUAA